UUUGAACUUGGCGCCGUUCGGUAGAGCCGUUCCGUCCACGGCCGUGUACGAUCGGGAGUUUUUUUCUUGGUUUUUGAACGCGUACCGCGGUCAAACCACAAGAUUAUAGAUGAAAAUAAGUAGUACCGAUGCUUAGUACCGUUUGAGAAUACAGGAGGAACAAAAAUUCUUUGUUGUUCUCGGGGUACGGGACCCGAGUACCUAUACCUAUAUUGGUGGUGCUUUUUGUUUUUGUUUUUUUCCGUUGGACGACCAGUACCAUCGCAAGAACAUAGUACCGUAAAAGGGUCCAUUUGGAAGGCCUCGAAUAAUGAAGAAGUCGAGAUUGGGGGCCACCAUGGCCUUUUUGGCCUUAGUUUGGUUGGCCAUGGUGCGAUUCACAGAAGCUGACUGGUGGCAAAUGGGGUUUCCAACAGUUUUGACUGGUAUGCUCAAUCUUACUCCAACAGAACACAAAGACAGAUGUAUGAAAAUGGAGUUCUUCAUUGAUAAACAAAAGGAACUUUGUGCCAAAUAUGAUAGAAUAUUACCUAUCAUAAGUACUGGAGCCAAAUUGGCUAUCGAAGAAUGUCAAAGUCAGUUUUCUUACAGUCGAUGGAACUGUACAACGUUUCCAGAGAAGAACAAUACUUUUGGCAACGUGGUAACAAUUAAAAGCCGAGAAGCUGCCUACUUAAAUGCCAUAGCUGCGGCCUCUAUGGCAUAUGCCAUAACUAGGGCCUGUACUAAAGGGGAACUAGCCGAUUACUGUAGUUGUGAUCACAAAAUUAGACAGAAAAAGAACCAAAAAUGGAAAUGGGGCGGAUGUUCAGAAGACGUGAGAUAUGGUGAAAGAUUUUCGAAGGAUUUCCUAGAUGUGAAGGAAGAUGCCAAUAGCGCUUUGGGUUUGAUGAACUUGCACAAUAACGAAGCAGGCAGAAGAGCAGUGCGAUCGAGAAUGCUGCGAACCUGUAAAUGUCACGGUGUGUCGGGUUCUUGCAGCAUGCAGAUCUGCUGGAGGCGACUACCUCCGCUUAGGAAAAUAUCCGAAGGUCUCUAUAAACGAUAUGAAGGAGCUUCUCACGUCAAAUACGUAGAGAGACGAAGAAAAAAACUCAAAGUAGUGAAACCAGAAUUCAAAAAGCCAAAUAGAACUGAUCUGGUGUAUCUAGAGGAUUCGCCAGAUUACUGUGAAAAGAAUGAAACGUUGAACAUUCUAGGCACCAGAGGUCGCGUGUGUAAUGUGACCAGUCCUGGCCUAGACGGUUGUCCGCUUCUGUGCUGCGGUAGAGGCUAUCAAACUAGGGUCAAAGACGUGGAAGAGAAGUGCAAAUGCCAGUUCGUCUGGUGUUGCAACGUCGUCUGCAGCACGUGCAAAUCGAGGAAAGAAGAAUACGUUUGUAACUAGACUUGACCAUGGCAGAAAAACAAACUCUUCUUCCGCUCCCGAGAGGUCAUGAUUUCUUAGUUUGACAUAUCUGAAAUUAUCUUCUGGCAGUAAAUAUACCCAAAGAAAAAAGAAUACAGCAGAAAUAUGACAAAACUUCAUUUUAAAUGGUUACAGAACAAAAAAAGGAAAAGUUUCUGAAUUAUAACACCGACCGUGAGGAAUUUUCAAUCUAAGAAAAAAUAUCGAUACAUAUCGUAUCGAUAAGUUUUAAUAUAUCAGGUCUGUCCGUGACUAAUAUUUCAUCUAAAAACUGUUGACACUCAAAUUUGGAAUAGUUAUUAGAGUAUGCCUCAUAUACGGGGUGUUCAAAAAUUUAAUUCACUUGCGACAUUAUCUCCAAAUAUUUUUCUCUAUACAGGGUGCUACAAA